AACUUUCUGAUCAAUCACUGUUGCCAGCGGUAACCAGCUGAAGAUCUUCUGCAGAAGUUUAAGAAUCUGUUUCCCAUGAACCUGUGAUGAGAUAUAUUCCUGACAGUUCAUUCUUUUUCUAUCAUUAGGACUUUGUGUUGUUAUUACUGUAAAUGAUCCUGAGUGCUACAUGAGAGCACACGUCACAGCCCUCCUCAUCAGUUUUCAUUGACCUCCUAUAGCAGCCCACAUCAAGUUUAAAGCUCUGAUUCAUCCACCGCCUCUACCUCCUCAUCAACAGCCUCUUACACAUACUCGUGUGCGUGCGUGUCGGAGAGAGAGAAUUUAUGUAUGCCCGAAGAUUAACUUACCUGAUAUUUCCCCAUAACUUCUUUAGUGAAGCCAUAUCUGCACAGAACACAAGUUUCUAUAUUACAAACACACAUCCUGCUGGAUCACAAAGUUUUAUUGUAAAUGUGUCUUUGUUUAUUUCACCUCAAGUUAACUAUAUGAUCUUCAUGAUUUCCUCGGUUUAGAUGCACAUCAUGUGGAUACAGCAACAGGAAGGCAAACAGAACCAGGAGAAUCUCAAUGGAUUCUUUUCCUCUGUCAACAAAGUCACCGUUAAACACGUACGGCUUCUCUGCUGAAGGAAAACCGUUCUAGUCAUGAAAAGAAAAGAGAUGUUUGUUUUUGGACAAUUUGUAAAUACACAGUGAACAAAAUUAUGGGUAAAGAAAUGUACACACUUUGUAAAAAAUCAACAGCAAAUCUUCAAGAUGUCCGUGCAGAUCUCCUGGGGAAGAAAACACAGCACCAUGUGAUAAUCCAGUUGUGUGUAAAUGUUUACCGUAUGUGCCUAUGAGGAUCGAUUUAACCCUAUUCUGUGACAGUUAUGUAGAAUGUCCCCAUUAAGACAGAUGUUUGCAUCCGUGUGAGAGACAUUCAAUGCAUACUCAAAGUGUGACCUCUGCAUUUAACCCAUCCCAGUGAGUGAGUAGUAAACACAACACACUGCAAGUCGUAAACACACACACACACACACACACACACACACACACCUGGGGCAGUGAGCAGCUCUCACAGUGCCUGGGCAGUAAUUAGGAUUAAGGUGUUUUGCUCAAGGGCACCACAGUCACAACCUGCCCGCCAUGAGACUCAAGCUGGCAACUUUCAAGCCACUAGGCUACAACUUUCUGUGUGUGCAUGAGUCUGCGUGUGAAUGUGUGUUCUCACCACAGAUGGUGAUUUCUUUAUAUUCGCAGGUGGACACGUGACUGAUGUUGGGCAGUAAACGCAGAAGCAUCCAUGUUUUCCCCAGGAGCUGUAGCACAUAGCGAGCAUGAAGUUUCUAAACACAGAUCUACAGUUAAACAAGCUGAUUCUGUCUGUGAAAUAACACAGAUUACAGGAUGUUGCAACCGUAGUUACUUGUUUGUUUUUGAAGGAGUCCACAAGCUCUGUGACGUUUGAGAUGGUCAGUGGGAAUGUGAGAUGAGGUCCAGGGUAAACAUCUGGAACCAUAAUGUUCUUAUAACAGAAAUAUCUCUCCCACUCCACAUCCUGAAACACAUCACUCUCGUGAAAGAUAUGACAGAUGAGGUUUCCUGUGAGAGAGAGAGAGAGAGAGACCUGGAGUUGUGGUUAUCGUAUGAAUAAGAUCAGAGCUGAUCUUGAAGUUGAUCUUGUGAGUUUUUAGUUUCUUACUUUGGCUGCUGUCGGGUCUGAAAUGAUCCAUCAGAAAACCAAAGAAGUUAUAAAGCUGUAAAGACCAACAGCACAAACUGCUUAUAGUGUAAAUGAGUACACACAAUGAGUUUAUGUUGGUUACCUAAAUUCCUGCAGAAAACUAUCUCUCCAUUAAUCCGGUUCAGGUGUUUUUAAACUGUUUAUGCACCUGACAGGUUGAGCUCGUCAGUCUGAUUAAUUACAGUAGUAAAAUAAAGCCAGGUGUUUAUGUAGCACAAAUGUUGCAAGAAUGAGUUAUGGGCUGAGGGUCAAUGCUUAAGGCUAAAAGUGUGUUGAAAACAUCACAUGAGCACCAGUGUUGUUAUUAUUUUUACCUUGAUAUGAUCCUGCUCUCCAGAAUAUUCAAUAGACUGAAAGAUGUGCCACGUACAGCGGCGUCUCAUCUCCAGCCGAGCCACGUACUGACGAUACCAGCGCUGGAUGAGAAGAGCCGCACGCAUCGCUGCAGAGAAACAGACCGGCUGAAAGUCCAGUGCAGGACAGCAACAUUCAUUACUGAGAAUGAACUUCAUUCACACACACAGCUGCUGGAAUUUCUCUGGACAGAUGGGAGUCAAGGUCAGACAAAUGAUUCCUUUGAUUCAGAAGUUCAUCUGAGAUUUGGGCUUAUCGUCUUUGCUACUUUGUCACAAAGAGCAGAAGAAUUCACUGGUGUUUUCUUCAAUCGAGCCUUUAUUCUCUUCAUUUAUCUCAUCUCCUGUUCAACACCCUCCGUUUGCUGGACAUGAAAACAGUGUAAAGUAUUCCAAGGCCGAGCCCGGGUAACGUAGAUAAAUUUCAACUUUCCCAGGCUGCUACAAACAACAUUCAGUCCUUUUGCGCUCCACACCGAGAGACCGCCACGAGACACGACCGUCAGCUUGAGUUCACCAGACAUGUGUGUGAUGUUGUGUGCGCUGGUUGUUCUGCUGGGCUUUCCUCUUGGGAACACGUUUGUUUUGCAUCCUUCGCCUGAUGCCGAAGCCCACAGAUGCAGGGGAGAACCGGACAUCAGGAAAAUCCUGCUGGAAUCCCUGGACCUACAGCAGGAGCCUCACGUGUCUGUGUUUGAAAUGAAACAACUGCGUGCCCGAUGGAAAGCCACUUCCAAAGCCAUCGUCGCUUCCACACCAGAUAAUUCAACAUUCCCUGAGGAUUCUGGGAACACAACGCAACAGAAGUGUUGUAAACAUUCCUCACAGGUUUUCAUCAAAGAUUUGGGCUGGGAUCGUUGGAUUGUUCAUCCUGAGACUUUUACCUUUACCCAGUGCAAAUCCUGCAACCCUAAUCAAUGUUCCUCUGCACAGUGCUGUAAGGCGACCGCUCAUGAUAUUCUCCCGUUCGUCUACGUGGAUGGCUGGAGUUUGGUUGUGUCUUCUGUUAGCUUGGCCCGUGAGUGUGGCUGUGACCCCGGAGAAGACCCUGAGGUCAUGACCCCUUCCUAAAAACCUAAUCCCUACCUAUGUGAACACCACCAUAGAGCUACUGACACAGUAAAAAAUCAAGCUUUUUAGGUUCUUGGCUUGGCAAACUUGUUUUAGCCGAAAAAAAAUGUUUUUAUUAGACUGCCUUGAAAUGUUAUAUUUGCUGAGGUCAGACAGAGACAUUGUGAAUACAAACAAUUAAAUUUUGUAGGUUUUAAGGGUGCUAUUAAAAAUGAAGUGGAAAAAUAUAAUUUUACCUUUCUCAGAAGACGUCUAAAUCUUAAUCAAACCCAGUGUUUGUUUUUCCACAAAAGAGCACAAUGAACCUUCUGUCUCUCUCUCUCUCUCUCUCUCUCUCUCUCUCUCUCUCUCUCUCUCUCUCUCUCUCUCUCUCUCUCUCUCUCUCUCUCUCUCUCUCUCUCUCUCUCUCUCUCUCUGUUGAAUGUAUAAAAUGAAUAACUUUUAGAGUUUAAGGGUUAAAGUCUGCGCUCAGUUUAUUGGCCAGCAGCCUUUUGUUCCAUAAAAACAUCAAAAUGUAACCCUGCCAAAAGUUUCCCCAGCAUGAUUCAGUCCUAUGACCAUAAUGAAAUUCUUUUGAAACAUGUAUGAAUUUGAUCGAAUCUAGUUUAGAUGCUAUUUUUUGAUUGUAAUUAAUUUGUGAUUAGCUUUUCACUCAUCAGAUCUUGUUUGUUCAUGUGUAUCUCUAGUGGAACAGUGGAAUGAAAGGGUGGAGACAUUACGUUUCAGUACUAAAAUAGUUUAAAAAUUUGACUCUUGGGUUUCAUGCAGUGUAUUUUGAUGACCUUCUUUUAUUUUAUCUUUUUAAACAGAUUCAUUUUUAAUCAGGUCUUUUUAUUUGCA